AUGAUACCUGAAAACUUAUUAAACAUAUCAUCAGACGAGGUCAACUGUCUGAUUCAAUCCUAUUUGAUCGACUCGGGCUUCCAGCACACUGCGUUUUGCCUUCGCCAGGAAGCUCGGCUGGAUAUUUCCCCGAAUGCCAAAGUACACAUCCCUCGAGGUGGUCUCAUUACACUCCUCCAAAAGGCUUCUGACGGCAAGCCCAACUCGUGCACGUCACCGUUUAGUCUUCUGGCCAACCAUGUUUGCGCGUCGUCGAUGCCUGCCUCGCCAGGCGGAACGCCCCAGGGCCGCAACGGAACCAAAGCGGACAAACGACGAACGAGCCCCAAGUCUGCGAACCGACAAAAGCGCGCGAGGCUCGAGAACCAAGAGAACAAGGAUAAGGAGACGACCCGUACCUGGGUUGGGAUCGAGAGGUCCUCCUCAGAGUUCGGGACGCCGAACAAGAAGAAGACUCCGAACGCAAAGGCCAAGCCGGCCAAGCCUCCAGCGGUGAUUACACUCAAGGGGCAUUCGUUAGAGGUGUUUGUAGUGGCGUGGAAUCCAAAAAUCCCAAGUCUGUUGGCUACUGGUGGAAAGGACUCGACUCUACGAUUAUGGAAUGUCCCAGAAGAUGGAACUGAACCUAUCUUGCCUACUCGAAUCUGUAUGCACCUUCCGGCUGGUCCUGCGUGCGAUAUCACGACUAUCUCUUGGAAUUCGGACGGAACUUUAUUGGCUACUGGCGCGUACGAUGGGAUCGUACGGGUUUGGACGUUCCGAGGCGAGUUGUUCUGUGUUAUGACGCAACAUCAAGGUCCGAUCUUCUCUGUCAAGUGGAGCAAGUCGGGUUGGCUUCUUACCGGAAGCCUCGACGAAACUGCUAUCGUAUGGGACGUUGAUGCGGGUGGGAGGCCCAAGCAGCGGUACUUACAUCAUGACGAUGGAUGCUUGGACGUUGAAUGGCUUGAUGGGGAAUUCUUUGCUACUUGCGGUUCGGAUAGGAACAUAUUCGUCGAAUGUAUUGGUGAAACGACGCCAAUCGCCAAAUUACAAGGGCACAAUGACGAAAUUAACCAACUCAAAUACGAGUCCGAGUACAAGCUACUAGCUUCUGGGUCGGACGAUUAUACGGCGUGUAUUUGGAAAGUCGACGAUGUCGCACAGUACUUGGCCCAAUCAUCGAAAAACAUCAAACCUCGCCCAGACGUCCGUUCGUUUACGCACAAAUUACGUGGCCAUGAGGGCGAGGUGGCGAAUAUUCAGUGGCAGCCCAAAGGAGAUAGGGAAACGUAUGACCCUAUACUGGUGACGUCAUCGUUUGAUGGCACUGUUCGAAUGUGGAAUGGUCACACUGGAGACUGUAUAUCUAUAUUCCAGGCCGGAAGCGGCAAAGUUUGUGGGCAUUCCUUUGCUCCCAGACCGGAUAUUCUCGCUAUCGUCGCUGGGAACAAACUCAUUCUUGCAAAGGACGGCAAGGAAUUCUUCAGUUGGCAAGACAAGGACGCUCUAUUUGAGACAGCAUGGAGAGUCGACGGGAAGGCGGUUGCAGCAGCCAUGGAAAAUAGCAUGGUUGCGGUAGUUCGAAUGCCAAGUAUCACUAUACCCGGGGAGGAAGACAAGGCAGAGACGGCCUAA